CUUCCAGGAGGAAAUGACUUUGAGCUAAGCUCUGAAGGAAGAGUAGGUAUUGGCCAAGUGAUGGGAGGGGUUUCUGGGCAGAGGAAAUGGCAGGUAACUGUGUCUUGUGUGUCUUGGGAAGAAGGUCGAAGUGGCUGGAGCAUGCGGAUGUGUAAGGGUUGGCAGGGGUGCGUCAGGACGCCAUUCUGAGGGUGGCGGGAGCUGGCGCAUAGGGCCAGGCUCCAUGACGGAACAUCUAGGCUGUUGGGUGAGGGGGCCAAAGGGUCAGGCUGAGGCCCAGGGAGACUGGGGAGUGUACCAGAGGGGAGGGCCCAGCUGGGGAACAGAGGGGUGUGACCCAUUGGCUUCAGUUCUGGGAAAGGGGAAGCUGCCACAGCUUCCUCUUUCUCUGAGGCCUCCAGGCUGCUCCUCUCUGGGGCUCUGCUACCUCCAGCCUCUCUGCAGUCUGGGGCCCUGUCAUGGCGAUGCGGGCUGGCUUUUAUCCAGGGAAUUUCUGGUUCUAAUUGUUGGGGCAUUUUUCUGGAGGGUCGGGGAGGAGGAAACCUUUCUGACCUGAGCCUGUGUGUUAGAGGCCUCCUGCUUCUAGCCUGGGGCUGGGUACUGGGCUUUGUGGUGAAUAAAGCAGACAUCUGUGCCCUCCUGCUGUCUGGCGGGGGUGCAGGCAAGUAAGCAGCCGAGACCAACGACAAACCUGCACAGGGGUGGGGGAGGGGCGGCUGGAAGGAAACCGCGUGACCCACUUUAGGGCAGAUUACCUCACAGGUCUCCUGACAGCUUUCCCAUGGGAGAUAAACAUGCCCAUCUUGCAGAUGAAGAGACUGAGCCCUGAGAAGUGAGGGGCUUAGGUCCUAUAAGGGGUUGGUGGCAGUAGGGACAGGCCCCAGGCUAGGAGACUUGGGGGAAGAGUGGCUUCUGAGCUAACUUCCUUCUCUGCUAAAACCCUUGGGUCUCCUCUUCCCCUGCCCAGUGUGGCUGGGGGGUUCUCUCUCAGGCACAUGGAGCUGGAGAGAGGGCUCCGGGGACCUUCCCUGCCCUCCCUGGGCCUCAGUCUCUCCAUCUCUGACAGCUGUGCUUCAGGAAGCCCUCAGGAGAUGCUGGAACUUCGUGGCCUUCUGGAUAAAGCAGAGUGGCCAGAGAUCACCGCAGGGUCUGAUGAUGAAGCUGAGCGGACUGUGCUGGCCCCUGUCCUGCCUCCUCGUGCUGCUGCCCUGGCCUCUGGCCACUGCAACACCAACAACCCCUUGGCAGUGCCCACCUGGGGAGGAGCCCGAUCUGGACCAGGGUCAGGGCACAUUAUGCAGGUCCUGCCCCUCAGGCACCUUCUCCAUCUCCUGGGGCUCCAGCCCAUGCCAGCCUCAUGACCGCUGCAGCCUUCGAAGGAGGCUGGAGGUCCGGGCUGGCACUGCAACCCAGGAUACACUAUGUGGAGGCUGCCAGCCUGGGUGGAUUGGGCCUCGGGGGGUUCCCCACAUUCCAUGUCAACCAUGUUCCUGGGCAUCUCUGAACACUCCUGGCUGUAAUGAGUGGGGGCGGCGGGCCCGACGUGGCGUGGAGGUGGCAGCGGGGUCCAGUGGCGGUGGUGAGACUCAGCAGCCGGGGAACGGCACGCGGGCUGGUGGCCCUGAGGAGACGGCUGCUCAGUAUGCGGUCAUUGCCAUUGUGCCCAUCUUCUGCCUCAUGGGGCUCCUGGGCAUCCUGGUGUGCAACCUGCUCAAGCGGAAGGGCUAUCACUGCACGGCGCACAAAGAGGUCGGGCCCGGCCCUGGAGGUGGAGGCAGUGGGCUCAACCCUGCCUAUAGGACUGAGGAUGCCAAUGAGGACACCAUUGGGGUCCUGGUGCGUCUGAUCACAGAGAAGAAAGAGAAUGCGGCGGCCCUGGAGGAGCUGCUGAAAGAAUACCACAGCAAACAGCUGGUGCAGACAAGCCACAGGCCUGUGCCCAGGCUGCCGCCGGCCUCCCCCAGUAUGCCACACGUCUGCCCUCAUCGCCACCACCUCCACACCGUGCAGGGCCUAGCUUCACUCUCUGGCCCCUGCUGCUCCCGUUGUAGCCAGAAGAAGUGGCCCGAGGUACUGCUGUCCCCUGAGGCUGCAGCUGCUACUACUCCUGCUCCCAGCCUUCUGUCCAACCCAGCCAGGGCUUCCAAGGCUGGGGCCAAGACAGGACGUCAGGGCGAGAUCACCAUCUUGUCUGUGGGCAGGUUCCGUGUGGCUCGAAUUCCUGAGCAGCGGACGAGUUCAGCAGCAUCUGAGGUGAAGACCAUCACAGAGGCUGGGCCUUCGGGGGGUGAUCUCCCCGACUCCCCACAACCUGGCCUCCUGCCAGAGCAGCAAGCACUGCUGGGAAGUGGUGGGAGCCAUACGAAGUGGUUGAAGCCCCCAGCAGAGAACAAAGCUGAGGAGAACCGCUAUGUGGUCCGGCUAAGUGAGAGCAACCUGGUUAUCUGAGGGGCUGCCUACUCUGAGGACACUCAAACCUGCCUUGGGAGGGUCUGAAGGCUUCCUGGAUGAGGAAGAGCUACAGCUGGGACUGUGAGGACCAAGAAGCGAUGGCCCAGCAGGCAAAACAGCAAAGGCCAAGGCCUGGAGGUGGGACCGUCCGCCCCAGUGAGGAGGCAGGCAGUUGGCGGGCACUGUGUGCAGGAGCAGAUUGAGAGCCUGGCCCCUGACCCUGCUGCCCCAGUUUCUCCCCUGCAGGAUGCCCUAACCCUGUGCCUGCCCUGGCCACAUCCUAGGAGCCGAGAGUUCUCUGUACCACCAGAGGUCUAGGCUUGGCAGAGAGGUGGCGCCUGUACUUGGUGCCCCAGUCCCACACUUUGGUGACUAGCUACCCUGCCCCUGUACCGGGCCCUAGAGCAGAUGUGUUUCUUCCUCCUUUUCUAGCAGGUUCUGUAAAAGGAAGGGGCAAUAUAAAAGCCCUGGGCUGGGAGGCCAAGUUCCUGGGAUCUAAUCCUGGGCACAUCCCUGGUCCCAGUUUAUCUGUGAAAUAGGAGAGAAUCACGCCUCAGUGCCCAGGACCUCUCCAGCUCCUUGGAGGUUCUGGGAUGGGUCCUGUGGAGGGGGUGCUUGACUCUGCCACCUCUCCCAUUAGUAGCUUUAUCUGGCCCAUUUUUGCUGCUUCCGGGGCCUUUGCCUUCAAGGCCCCCAUGGGGCUGCCCAUCCACAGCUCUGCCUACAGAAGAGGUUUACUGCAUGUGCCUGCCCUACUUCGCUGUUUUUAAUGAAACUGAAAAAUGACUUGACCUGGGUGAAGCUGAAGUGCAGAGCCCCAGCCCACCCUGCCACCCCCCAGAUCUCUGGAACUUCAGGGAGAGGACCACUGGCUGGGCUGAAGAGCACUUCUGGCAUCAGUGGUUUCUGUGUCCCUGUGGUGCAGCAUGUCUGCCCCCAGCCCUGGACAGCGCAGGUGACUGCUGGCCCAGCCCUGUCUGUCUCCACUCGGGCUCAGCCACCUCGUUAUUUAUGUGGGGCCGUGCAGGCGCAGGCCCACUGCCUGUCCCCGUUUCUCUUAUUUAUUAAAACUUGCUGUUGUCCUACCUUUGCAUCUCCAUCCCCAUCCACUUGUCGAAGAAUAAAAGGUGGGAAAGUGGUG